UUCGCCAUCGUCUAGCAAUGCCAAAGGAACCCGUAGAAACCACUGAAAUCUUCAACAAAAACCUAUUUAAUGGGAAGGUACUACUUUGCUCUGGUGGUGGAAGCGGAAUCUGCAGAGGCAUGACCGAAGCUAUGCUUCGUCAUGGUGUCAAAGCCUGUAUUAUUAGCAGAAGCAAGGACAAAUUAGAGAAGGCAGCUGAAGAAAUGAGACAGUCGACUGGCGGAGAAGUGCUAGCCGUUCCUGCCGACGUCAGAAAUUUUGAGGAUGUGGAAAAGGCAGUCAAAGCUACCAUCGAGAAAUAUGGCCGCAUCGAUUAUCUCAUCAACGGUGCUGCUGGUAACUUUUUAUCUCCAUUCGAAAACCUUUCUCCCAAUGCCUUCCGCACUGUUAUUGAAAUUGAUCUGAUCGGCACUUUCAACCUUACAAAGGCUACUUUUCCCUAUUUGAAAGAAUCAAAGGGUUCUAUCAUCAACGUAACAGCUACGCUUUCGCACACUGGUACCAUCAUGCAAAGCCACGCCGGAGCCGCCAAAUCUGCUGUAGAUGCUAUGACCAAGCAUUGGGCUGUUGAAUUCGGUCCUCACGGAAUUCGUGUGAACGGCAUUGCACCUGGACCAAUCGCAGAGACUGUUGGACUUCAGAAAUUAAGUAGAGGAAUGGGAAGAUUUGAAUCAAUUCCCCUUGGACGCGCUGGAGCUAUCAAGGAUAUCGAGCAGUCUACUGUGUUCUUGUUCUCUGAAGGUGCCAACUGGAUCACUGGAGUCACUCUAGUUGUGGACGGUGGACAUUGGAUGAAUAACGGUCAGGUUCAAUACCCAGAGAGCAUUCUCAAUCCUCCCAAACAUCGUCUGUAGAUCAGAGCUGUUUUUUCUGCCUCAAGCUGUAAUAAAAAAGCCGUGUUUAUAAUGUCUUCAAUGCAGACG